GGCAAAUUGAGCACCUGGCUCUCUGAUAGGAGCAUCUUGUUCUGGAUGAACCGUUCUAGGGAGCAUAGCUCUGGUGAAGAGUAAAGACCCCAGUCAUUUAACAAACCGCUAUCCCGCUUUGGGAUCAGGAUGUCUAGAACCUCUAGCGCCCCCUCGCAGAAGUCUUUAAUAUCGCGAGCACUGAAAGCUGAGCGGGAUGUCAUUACGGCCUCGUCGCAAUCGCAGGCUUUGGACGCUGCCAUUGAUGCUGCGGAACAUUAUAUGAAAGCCCUAGCUUUGACAAGCUCUUCUAAAGACAGAAAUGUCUUGGACGCAAAGUGCAAAGAGUGGCUCACGAGAGCUGAAAAGAUUAAAGGGUCUGAAGAUUGGCGUUCUGUAGCACAGUCUCGACGGUCUAGGCUUCGUACUCCAGCGUCGACGCGAAAACUCACAACUCGUGAGGACAUCAUCCUUUUACAGGGCGCAAAGCUGAAUGGCUUCAUAUUUCCGCCAUGGAAAGCAGAACCCAGUCUCACUGAAUUCGAGACCGGAACCAACGGAGAUGUGUUAUUCACCGAUAAGCCGGAUCUUCACCUGUCUAACUUGCAGAGAGACAUAUUUGCUGGCUGGAAACGGCCGCACGAGCUGCUCUCGGGGCAAGUGGACGAUGCCGGGAUGCCGCUCAACCCCGUGAUGACUGUCUCCGGAAACACGGAUCUAGUGCAGGACGUGUUGACGGAUUGCUCCGUUGUUGCCAGUCUUUGUGCGACGACCUCCAGAUCGGAGCGUGGCCUUGACGAUACUCUACUUCCGAUUGUAUAUCCAUGCAUCCACAAUUCAAUGAAAUCUGACAUUUCGCCAUCUGGCAAGUACAUCUUUCGCUUCUACUUCAACGGGUGCUUCCGGAAGGUGGUCAUUGACGAUCGUUUACCGUCGUCAAAAACUUCGAGGUCUUUGUACAUGAUUGACCGAAAUCAUCGUAACUUUAUGUGGCCUGCUCUGGUAGAAAAGGCAUACUUAAAACUUCGCGGGGGUUACGAGUUUCCUGGAAGCAAUUCUGGGACAGAUCUAUGGGUGCUGACGGGCUGGAUCCCUGAACAAGUCUUUCUCCACAGUGAUGAAGUGACUGCUGACCAGAUCUGGUCGGAUCUCUUCAAAUCGUUUCAUAGCGGGGAUGUUCUCUUGACGAUAGGGACUGGGAAACUUACGGAGAGGGAGCAGAAAGAGCUGGGCCUUGUUAGUGAGCACGACUAUGCCAUACUUGAUAUGAAGGAGCUCAAAGGACGUCGUCAAUUCUUGAUUAAGAACCCCUGGGCUGGGACUGACGCUGUGUACCCUGCGCUUUUCGCUGAUCCUGGACCAUUCCCCAACUCGCCUUUUCUCUCCCCCGGCACGUUCUGGAUGGAUUGCGAGAUGGUUCUUCAAAAUUUUGAGAAUUUAUACCUAAACUGGAAUCCCGGAAUAUUCGCAUAUCAGGAGGACAUACAUUUCACGUGGGAUUUGUCCACCGGUAAGGGAAUGGCAGGGUGCUUUGUAAAGAAUCCGCAGUUUUCAGUUUAUACCGAACGUGGCGGGGUGGUUUGGUUAUUGCUAGGCAGGCAUCUCAGGACAAUCGAGUCUCGUGCCUCAGAGGAAGACGAGAGAUUCGGAUUCAUCAGCAUAUACGUGUUUAAGGGAGGAAAGAGGGUAGCACUCAGUGAUGGAGCGCUCCAUCGAGGCCCUUAUGUCGACUCACCGAACACUCUCAUGAAGCUCGAUGUUCCCCCAAGAAGUACUUAUACCGCCGUCGUGUCCGAAGAGUCUUUACCUCGAGUCAGUCAAAAUUUUACAAUAUCUGCCUUCUCCGAUUCGCCUGUGCGAAUAUCACAUGCCCCCAACAAAUACAUAUGUGUGACUAAGGUUCAAGGUUCCUGGACACCAACCACAGCCGGGGGCAAUGCAGAAUCGGCACGGUACUCACUGAAUCCGCAGUUUAGCAUAGUGCUUUCGGACCCCACGGACAUUUCAAUUGUCCUUGAACCAUCAGACCAGGAGCUUGCCACACAUGUCAAGCUGUUCUGGUCGGGUGGAAAGCGCAUAGCCAGGGUCCGCAGCCGCGAUAUCGUCGCAGAUAGUGGUGAUUAUCGCCGGGGUGGUUCCUUAGUAGAAAAGCAGGACCUGGACCCCGGGGAGUACACCAUUGUUGUCUCCACAUUUGCUCCUGACCAAUACGGAUCUUUCACACUCUGGGUUUCGACAAACAUUACUUGUGAAGUGACACAGCUUCCAUCAGAAGCUGCAGGGCGGCGAGCGGUGUUGUCCGAUAUUGGAGUCUUACUCCCCGGCCAGGAUAGGAUGCUUGCUCCCCUAACAACUCCCCGACUGACGCGAGUCAAGCUCAUUGCGAGGAGCCGAGAGUCCAGAAUCGGUAAUAGACCUGUUGGUCCCUCGCCCUUAUUGAUGACCGUUGAGCUUGGUCAGGGGCCGUACAAGGAGAUUCUAGCCACAUCAGAGGAUGGUGACCAUAGCGACUCGAUAUCUGGAGUCCGAGUGGAAGACUUCGAUCUUCAGCCUGGCCUGGAAGAGAGGGGCGGGGUGUGGAUUGUGCUUGAGAGAAUUGGAGGUCCUGGCGGUCAAGUGGAAGAUCAUUUCGAAGUGGAAGCUCUGGGAGAAGAGAGAGUGGAGAUUGGGGAAUGGAUAGUUGAAGAUGCAUAA